AUGACAAAGAAAGACUCCUCCGGUAAUCUUGGCGUCAAGCUUGCAUGGUUUGCGGCAGCCGUAUCAGCGUUAGUGGCGCCUCUAGCCGGCGUCUUGGUUGCGCUCCCUUCCACAUGGGCUCCAGGGACAGUUGGCGGCCUCCUGGGUGAAGAAAUGCUGGACACGCACCAGAAAGCAAAGGACUAUGCGGACCGUUCCAUCCAGGAAGCCCUUCAAAUAUGGGCAGAGUCAACCACCAACUGGCAAGUAAUGCUGGACAUGAACGAGCCCCACAACAACAUGACCCUGGAAGCACGGCGGAUCACCGAGGGCCCCUUUUCCAAGUCAGGUGUCUUGUUGACGCGUCAAGUGGGCCGGGUUCCUGGUGUUUCUGCUCAGGAUCUCUACGACUUUUUGAUUUCCCCCGAGGGCUUUGCUGUCAUUGAUCCAAUGUCCGAUCCAGUGGACUUUGACAAGUACAUUGAACGUAUCCCCAAUUGGCGUCGAGGUGGCAGGUUGGAAGUUGGAGAAUCUUACGUUCCAUCCUCAUCCUUCAGCAACGAACUUUUAUUUGUGGUGUUGAACACUUUUCUACCUGCAGAACGGCUCUUUGUCUCCAAGUCAAUCUUGCAUCCUUCCCGACCAGGGCACAGCAUCUUUUAUGAUGGCGACCGAGUCGCUGCCGGGGAGAAUGGAAACCGUACUCGAGUCAUCAACACAUAUGCCUUGCAAGUCUCUGACAGUGCUGAUGGGGUUGCCGAAGUCAAGAUCAUCGGAUACAUUGAUGGGUUUCCCGCAUGGGAUUUCCUCAUAAACUAUCUGACUUGCAAGAUUGGCCCAUCCGAGUUCUUUCCUCGGCUGCAUGCUGCGCUAGAAGCACGGCGAACAGCAGACCUAGAUGUGAUGUAG